AUGGGGCAACAAAAAACAAUUCGAUCGCGGGUCACCGUACAACCAGAUCGAUCCAGGCGAGAGAGAGAGAUGGCAGUCUAUCCAGCCCCCGCGGGCGAUGCGGGCAACGAGGGGAUCAGUCGGUCCAACCGACACAGGCGAUUAGUCUGCUACAAAAUGGAGAAAGGAGGGAGAGGAUCCAGCCGACGCAGGCGAUUCAUGCCGAUGCUUCGUCUGAUCAGAACUGCUCCAUCGAGAUUUCAAGAUGUGGUCAUUCUUCAGUUUAUGUUCUGA